AUGCAUAGAUCUGGUACUGCAAUGGCGUGGAACGUAUUUAAAUUCUGUACGGCCUUACGAGGUCUCGGAUCGAUCAUGAUCCUCUUGGUCCUCGGCGUUGUCGGUGUCACCUAUUACGCCGUCGUUUUGACUAAUUACGGACCGGCACUCUCUCAAGGCGGGCUUGAUUCUCUUGCUGCUCUCACUAUCCUAAUCCUCUUCCAUCUACUCCUGGGGAUGCUAUUGUGGAGCUAUUUCUCAGUUGUGUUUACUGAUCCUGGUGUUGUGCCACCGAAUUGGAGACCAGCUACUGAUGAAGAAAGAGGCGAAUCUGAUCCGUUGAGCAGUUUGGAGUUUGUUGGUUUACAGUCUGAUUCUUCAAACGGAAGAAUUCGGUUCUGCAGAAAGUGUAAUCAACCAAAACCUUCCCGUUGUCAUCAUUGUUCCGUUUGUGGAAGGUGUGUGUUGAAGAUGGAUCACCAUUGCGUUUGGGUUGUAAAUUGUGUAGGAGCACUGAAUUACAAGUAUUUUCUUCUUUUCUUGUUCUACACGUUUCUAGAGACGACUCUCGUGACGUUGGUUCUUAUGCCUCACUUCAUAGCGUUCUUUAGCGAUGAAGAAAUACCUGGAACACCAGGGACUCUCGCUACUACUUUUCUUGCAUUUGAUCACACUUUCUUUGAUUAUGACAACAGUUUUGAAUUUGGCAUUUGCUUUGAGCGUGAUGGGGUUCUUGAUUAUGCACAUUUCCUUGGUGGCUGGCAAUACCACAACUAUAGAGGUAAUCAUUUCCAUGGCCAAAGCUCAAAGCUUUGA